CGUCAAACGAGUCGCCAGAGCUCCGGAGUUUCCUGAUAGGCACCAGGGGAGCGAAAACCAGAGUACAGGGGCAAGGUCAAAGGAGCCUCCCAGACUACUGAGAUUACAGAGGUGCCCAGCUCAGAAUCAUGAUGGGAUAUGUGAUCAAUCCCCCCUGCUCCAUCUCCCCAUCCACCUCUUCUACCACAUAUGUCCAGUCCCACAGGAAGUUCUCCGCCCCACGGCAUGGACACCUGGGCUUCCUGCCCCACAAGAGGAGCCAUCGGCACCGGGGCAAGGUGAAAACAUGGCCAAGGGAUGACCCUAGCCAGCCUGUACAUCUUACAGCCUUCCUGGGCUACAAGGCGGGGAUGACCCAUACCCUGCGUGAGGUGCACCGCCCUGGCCUCAAAAUUUCCAAGCGGGAAGAGGUGGAAGCAGUGACGAUUGUGGAGACACCACCCUUGGUGGUGGUUGGCGUGGUAGGCUAUGUGGCCACCCCUCGAGGCCUGAGGAGUUUCAAGACCAUCUUUGCAGAGCACCUUAGUGAUGAGUGCCGCCGCCGCUUCUACAAAGACUGGCACAAGAGCAAGAAGAAAGCUUUCACCAAGGCCUGCAAGAGGUGGCGUGAUGCUGAUGGCAAGAAGCAGCUCCAGAAGGACUUUGCUGCCAUGAAGAAGUACUGCAAAGUCAUUCGGGUCAUUGUCCACACACAGAUGAAGCUGCUGCCCUUCCGGCAGAAGAAGGCCCACAUUAUGGAGAUCCAAUUAAAUGGUGGCACGGUGGCUGAGAAGGUGGCCUGGGCUCAGACCCGGCUGGAGAAGCAGGUGCCGGUACAUAGUGUUUUCAGCCAGAGUGAGGUCAUUGAUGUCAUCGCUGUAACCAAGGGCCGGGGUGUCAAAGGGGUCACCAGCCGCUGGCAUACGAAGAAGCUGCCACGGAAGACCCACAAGGGGCUACGCAAGGUGGCCUGCAUUGGUGCCUGGCACCCUGCUCGUGUGGGCUGCUCCAUUGCCCGGGCUGGGCAGAAGGGUUACCACCACCGCACUGAGCUCAACAAGAAGAUCUACCGCAUUGGCCGAGGGCUCCACAAGGAGAAUGGGAAAUUGGUCAAGAACAACGCAUCCACCAGCUAUGAUGUGACAGACAAGUCCAUCACACCACUGGGUGGCUUCCCCCACUACGGGGAAGUCAACAACGACUAUAUCAUGCUGAAGGGUUGCAUCGCAGGUACCAAGAAGCGGAUCAUCACGCUGAGGAAGUCCCUCCUGGUGCACCACAGCCGCCGAGCCCUGGAGAACAUUGAGCUCAAAUUCAUCGACACCACCUCCAAGUUUGGCCAUGGCCGCUUCCAAACAGCCCAAGAGAAAAGGGCCUUCAUGGGCCCCCAGAAGAAACAUCUCGGGAAGGAGAAGCCAGAGGCCUCAGGAGAUUUGUAGGCAGUGCGGGAUGGAAGGACCUGAGGCGUGC